AUAGGUUAUAAAAAGUAGUUGCUUGACAGACGUCAACCGGAACGCAAGCGCACGAUUUUAAUUCGCGAUAUUUUUGACAUUUAUAAUUCAUAUAAAAUAAAUUCGAGCGCGAACUACGAAAAGUGAUAACAAUAUUACCAUGAUUCUAAAUAUAACUUGUGAUUGUGUUUCGUAAAAAAAAUAACCUAUACGUGACAUUGUUUUUUUUGUUUUGGCUCCCGGCUUCUAUCGUUUAUUCAGCCAGCAUGGAACGAAAAAAGGAAAGCAGUUCUAAACGGCAGAUAUUAACCGCUUUGGUUGCAACAAUACCAACCUUCACAUAUGGCAUCCAGAUCGGCUGGCUGUCUCCAAUGGGACCUCUUCUCAAGUCUGAAUUAACACCCGCGCAGGAACCUUUGUCAGACAGUGACAUCUCUUGGAUGGCGGCCGCACUACCACUAGCCGCCAUUUGUGGGAUACCAUUCUUCAGUUACGCUUCAGAUCGAUAUGGAAGAAAAAUCUGCGUGAUACUUGUGUCUUUACUGUCCUGUAUAUCAUGGACGAUAAAACUGACAGCGGUUCUGUCACCAGCCCUUAUAUCAGCAAGGGUGAUAGCUGGGCUGGCAGCCGGUGGCUGUUUCGUAGUGGUACCAGUUUACCUUAAAGAAAUAUCCGAAGACACGCUUCGAGGUGCCUUGGGGUCACUUAAUAUGACCAUGUGCAAACUAGGGGUCAUAUUCGUGUACGCUGUGGGCAUGGCGACCUCGUACCAAGUGAAUCAAGCAGUUUACCUGGCCGUGGCGGCCGUCCACGUGAUCGUCUUCUGUUUUAUGCCAGAAUCUCCCAAUUAUUUGCUGAAGAUCGGCGAGGAAAAGAAAGCAGCCAAAACGAUAUCCUGGUUGAGGAGUCUGAACAGGGACCACAACCAGGUUGUAGAGGAACUGCUAAAGCUGAAGGAUGAGCAGCGGCAGUUCGAGGAGACCACCCGGGUUUCACUGCUCAGUGUGGUACGCGAUCGAACGACAUUCUCGGCGCUUCGGAUGACCCUGAUGCUCAUGGCGAUGCAGACACUCUCAGGGUGCUUCGCCCUAAUGAACUACGCGGCCGACGUUUUCCACAGAGCUGGCACUCAGUGGAGCCCUAACACGCUGGCCCUCGCUGUCGGCUCCCUGCAGCUGGCUGGGUCAUUCUUCACUACUAUUUCCAUUGAAAAAUUUGGACGAAAGAUACCCCUAGCAUGCAGUUCUCUAGUCGUAUCAAUAUGUAUGACGACGUUGGCAACCUGUUUCUUACUUGGCACGGGCGUAGUGAGCUGGUUGCCCGUGGUGGCCGUAUGUCUCUGUAUCCUGGCUUACGGAGCCGGCCUGGCUCCGGUACCCAUGGUUAUCAUGGCUGAAGUUUUCCCUUUCCAGGUCCGAGCAAGAAUGGCGGGAGCAUCGAUGGCGUUUUCCUUCUUUUGCAGUUCAAUGACGGUUCUCUUCUACACGCCUAUAGCCAACCAGUUUGGACCCUACGUUGUAUUCUAUACAUUUGCAGCUGUAACAUUGUUCGGUGUACUUUAUACUAUUCUGUGGGUACCAGAAACUAAAGGGAAAAGUUUAGAGGAAAUACAAAAAUAUUGGAGAAAGACUGAGCCAGUUUUUGUGUGAACUAUGCCUUAUUUGGGAGAGAGAGAAAGAGAAAGAAAGAGAUAGAGAUGUUGGUUCAAGGUACACAUUCCCUUUUAUAGUUUUAUUGUGACAUGUCUUCUUCGAUGAAGACGAUGAUGAUAAGAAACUUCUUAAGUUUGAUAAUGAAAAAAAUAUGAAAUGCCUAAUACGUAAGCAUUGUUUUUUCGGUUGAUAUGUCAACCUGUUUCUUGUGAGACUUA